ACCCCAACUUCGAGCUCGCCCGCCAUGAGCAAAGUCGUCAGUAUUGUCUCUGGCAUCAUCCUCAGCUCCGUCGUCGCCUAUAUCCUCCCAAUAUACAUAGCCUGGGUUCCUGAUUUCGACAUCUGGGUCUUCCUGUUGCUCGUUGGCCUCAACCUUACACAAUGCCUACCCAAUCCGAAUUCCCCUUGAUUGACGUUCCGAAUGUUGACUUAUGGACGUUCUUGUUUGAGAGAAAGGAUAGAGAGUUUCCGGAAGAUAAAGUGAUUUAUCUUGACCCCGACACGAAUCGAUCCUACACAUAUGCGCAGGUCCGCAGCACGGCUCUCGACUUCGGGAAAGGACUCAAGGCGAACUGGGAGUGGAAGAAAGGAGAUGUUUUGGCGCUUUUCUCCCCGAAUUGUAUUGAUACGCCGGCGUUGACUUGGGGUAUACAUUGGGCAGGUGGUAUACUCUCCCCAGCAAACCCUGGCUACACUGCGGACGAGCUGGCAUUCCAAUUGAAGGACUCUCGCGCAAAAGCAUUGGCAACACAGAAACCGUUUCUUAAGAUCGCGCAGGAAGCGUGUAAGAAAGUCGGGAUCGAUGAGGAUCGAAUUAUUUUGAUUGGAGAUGAAAAGGACGAGACAGCGCGAUUCAAGCAUUUCACAAAUAUAAGGAACAUCUCUGGAGCAACAAGAUUCCGGAAAGCAAAGAUUGAUUCAAAGAAGGAUCUUGCGUUCUUGGUCUACAGCUCUGGAACGACUGGUCACCCUAAGGGGGUCAUGUUGUCACACUCCAAUAUCGUUUCGAAUGUGAUGAUGCUGAAGGUUGGGGAAGGAGGAAAUUUGAGCUGGCAAGGAGGGAGAAACAAUGAAGGAGAUAAGAUUCUGGCUUUCCUGCCUUUCUUCCACAUAUAUGGUCUUACAUGUCUCAUUCAUCAGUCCAUCUACUCGGGUCUGACGCUCGUCGUAAUGCCCAAAUUCGAGCUCGAGAAGUUUUGCACCCACAUCCAAAAACACUCAAUAACAUUCGCAUACGUCGUGCCUCCAAUCGUUCUUCUGCUCGGCAAAUCCCCAGUCGUGGACAACUACGACUUAUCUACCGUCCGCAUGAUGAAUUCUGGCGCAGCUCCUUUGACCAAAGACCUCGUAGACGCUGUCUACAAGCGCCUUAAAAUCCCCAUCAAGCAAGGUUACGGUUUGAGCGAGACAAGUCCAACUACGCACACCCAGCCUUGGGGAGACUGGAACAAGUCCAUCGGCAGCGUCGGCCGUCUCCUUCCAAACCAGACCGCCAAGUACAUGUCCGAAGACGAGAAAGAAGUCCCCGCCGGUGAGACAGGCGAGCUUUGGAUCAAGGGUCCCAAUGUCUUUCUCGGGUAUCUGAACAACGUCGAAGGCACCAAGAACGCCUUAACUUCUGAUGGAUAUUUCAAGACAGGCGAUGUAGGCCACCAAGAUAAGAAUGGGAAUUUCUACAUCACAGACCGCGUCAAGGAGCUCAUCAAAUACAAAGGCUUCCAAGUACCUCCGGCAGAACUAGAAGGCUACCUCAUCGGCCACCCUGAUAUCGACGAUGUUGCUGUGAUUGGCAUCGAGGAUCGCGACCAGGCUACAGAAGUGCCCCGCGCCUAUGUUGUGCCUAAGAAGGGUGUCGAGGGAGGUAAAGAAAAGGAGAAGGAGAUUAUGGAUUGGCUUGCCAAGAAAGUUGCUAGUCAUAAGAAAUUGAGGGGUGGUGUGCGCUUUGUGGAUGAGGUACCGAAGAGUGCCAGCGGUAAGAUUCUAAGGAGGGUGUUGAAAGCUCAGGCGAUUGAAGAGGACAAGAAGGGCGCAAAGGCUAAGUUGUAAGGGCGGCUCUAGAGUAUAUCUGGUUCCAUAUAUAUGAAAAUAUGGGUAUUUGGGUAGCCAAGAAAUGGUAGGGUUAUGGUGGUUGGAUUAGACAUUGAUGGGGUCUUCAAUAUAAAGGCAGAUGCAUGUAUGAAGUAUGACUUAUGUCAAUAUCCAGAUAUCUUCCGAAGAUUUGCAGGAUCUUGCAAGAGGUCUAGAUUCGGCCAUCUGAUUGUCAAUAUCCUUACCGUUCCUUUGGGCGGUUAUCCAGCAUCCUCGAACAGAAGAGCAUAAAGCUCAAAAGGGCUACCUCUCCCUCUUCCACUAUCCACAUAUCACAUCACAAUCACGGCCGAAACAAAGCUAGAACCAAAAG